GCGGCGGGGGCGGAGGCCCACUCGGAUCUUUUGCAUAAAAGGGGCAGCGGGGCGCACGCUCCCCUCCCCGGUGCGGAGCUUGCUCUCGCCUCGGGAUCGUUGUUUUCUGCGCACCCCCUCCUCCGCCUCCGCGAGAUUCCCCAUGUUCCCCUUGCCCGGGCGGGUCCGGGGGGGGCCCGGGGCUGCCUCUGCGAGUCCAGCGGGGGACCCGGGCCGGGGCCCUGCCCGCGGCGCCUGCGAGGUCUCGACGAGGAGUGCGCCAGCGGAUCAAUGAGACGAGGCUCAGAUGAGCCCCUGCUGACUUGAGAGAGACCAAGCCGGUUGCCGAGAGGAACUGGAAGAAGAAAGAGGAGGAGGAAAAAAACAAAACAAAACCUAAACUCAGUGAGAGGCUUUUCCUCACCAUGAAUAGUGCUGUGUUAGUGACUCUCCUUCCAGAUCCCAGCAGCAGCUUCCGUGAGGAUGCUCCGAGGCCCCCGGUUCCGGGAGAAGAAGGGGAGACCCCACCGUGCCAGCCCAGUGUGGGCAAGGGCCAGUCCACCAAACCUAUGCCUGUCUCCUCUAAUGCUAGGCGGAAUGAAGAUGGGCUGGGGGAGCCCGAGGGGCGGGCCUCCCCUGAUUCCCCUCUGACCAGGUGGACCAAGUCCUUGCACUCCUUGUUGGGUGACCAGGAUGGUGCUUACCUCUUCCGGACUUUCCUGGAGAGGGAGAAAUGUGUGGAUACCCUGGACUUCUGGUUUGCCUGCAAUGGAUUCAGGCAGAUGAACUUGAAGGAUACCAAAACUCUGCGAGUAGCCAAAGCAAUCUAUAAGAGGUACAUUGAAAACAACAGCAUUGUCUCCAAGCAGCUGAAACCUGCCACCAAGACCUACAUCCGGGAUGGCAUCAAGAAGCAACAGAUCGACUCCGUCAUGUUUGACCAGGCACAGACUGAGGUCCAGGCUGUGAUGGAGGAAAAUGCCUACCAGAUGUUUUUGACUUCGGACAUAUACCUCGAAUAUGUGAGGAGUGGGGGAGAGAACACAGCUUACAUGAGCAAUGGGGGACUGGGGAGCCUUAAGGUCCUGUGCGGCUACCUCCCCACCUUGAACGAAGAAGAGGAGUGGACUUGUGCUGACUUGAAGUGCAAACUUUCGCCCACCGUGGUUGGCUUGUCCAGCAAAACUCUGCGGGCCACAGCGAGUGUGCGGUCCACGGAAACGGUUGAGAAUGCAUUCAGGUCCUUCAAGAGAAACGACCCCGUUAAUCCUUAUCACGUAGGUUCCGGCUAUGUCUUCGCACCAGCCACCAGCGCCAACGACAGCGAGAUCUCCAGCGACGCCUUGACUGAUGAUUCCAUGUCCAUGACAGACAGUAGUGUAGAUGGAAUCCCUCCAUAUCGCAUGGGGAGCAAGAAGCAGCUCCAGAGAGAGAUGCACCGCAGUGUGAAGGCCAAUGGCCAAGUGUCUCUACCUCAUUUUCCGAGAACCCACCGUCUGCCCAAGGAGAUGGCGCCUGUGGAACCUGCUGCCUUCGCCGCAGAGCUCAUCUCCAGGCUGGAGAAGCUGAAACUGGAGCUGGAGAGCCGCCACAGCUUAGAGGAGAGGCUGCAGCAGAUCCGGGAGGAUGAAGAAAAGGAGGGGUCUGAACAAGCACUGAGCUCACGGGAUGGAGCCCCGGCGCAGCACCCUUUGGCCCUCCUACCCUCUGGCAGCUAUGAAGAGGACCCACAGACCAUCCUGGAUGACCACCUGUCCAGGGUUCUCAAGACCCCUGGCUGCCAGUCACCUGGCGUGGGCCGCUAUAGCCCCCGUUCCCGCUCCCCAGACCACCACCACCAUCACCGUCAGCCGUACCACUCCCCGCUCCCGAUUGGGGGUAAGCUGCCCCCUGUGGCUGCUUGCCCACUCCUCGGAGGCAAGAGCUUCCUGACCAAGCAGACGACGAAGCAUGUUCACCACCACUACAUCCAUCACCAUGCUGUCCCCAAGACCAAGGAGGAGAUAGAGGCAGAAGCCACGCAGAGAGUACGCUGCCUUUGUCCUGGGGGUACCGAGUAUUACUGUUACUCCAAAUGCAAGAGUCAUCCCAAGGCCCCAGAGCCCCUGCCUGGCGAGCAGUUUUGUAGCAGCAGAGGCAGUACCUUACCAAAACGAAAUCCGAAAGGCACAGAACCAGGUCUGGCCCUGCCGGCCAGGGAAGGAGGGAUGUCCAGCGGACCUGGGGCCCCUCAGCUCCCUGGGGAGGAAGGAGACCGAUCACAGGAUGUCUGGCAGUGGAUGCUGGAGAGCGAGAGGCAGAGCAAGUCCAAGCCCCAUAGUGCCCAAAGCCUAAGAAAGAGCUACCCAUUGGAGUCUGCCCGCACAUCCCCAGGCGAACGAGUCAGCCGGCACCAUCUGUUGGGGGCCAGCGGACACCCCCGCUCAGUGGCCCGGGCUCACCCGUUUACCCAGGACCCUGCAAUGCCUCCCCUAACCCCACCCAACACUUUGGCGCAGCUGGAGGAAGCCUGCCGCAGGCUGGCAGAGGUGUCAAAGCCCCAGAAGCAGCGGUGCUGUGUGGCCAGUCAGCAGAGGGACAGGAACCACUCGACCACUGGACAGGCAGGAGCCACACCCUUCUCUAACCCAAGCCUGGCUCCCACAGAUCACAAAGAACCAAAGAAACUGGCAAGUGUCCACGCGCUCCAGGCCAGUGAGUUGGUUGUCACUUAUUUUUUCUGUGGAGAAGAAAUCCCGUACAGGAGGGUGCUGAAGGCCCAGACCUUGACCCUGGGCUACUUCAAGGAGCAGCUCAGCAAAAAGGGAAAUUAUAGGUAUUACUUCAAAAAAGCCAGUGAUGAGUUUGCCUGUGGAGCAGUCUUUGAGGAGAUCUGGGACGACGAGACGGUGCUCCCCAUGUACGAAGGCAGGAUCCUGGGUAAAGUGGAGAGGAUCGAUUGAACCUCAGCCUCAGUGUGUGAGCCCCGUGGACCUGAAGCUCAGAGACCUGUCUCAGCCCUGCGCGACAGCCACGGAGUAUUUUGAAGGAAAAUGAAACCAAUUAAAGAAGACAAAGUUGAGGGAAGAACUGGCCCCUGGGCCUUCAGGAGGGGUGGGGCAGUGGCUGCUUUUCAGUGUCCACAAGCUGGGGACUGAGAUCAGAAAAAACCUGAACUAUUUAUUCAAAACAUGACCACUCUGGGCUAUUGAAGAGGCUGACUGUGUUUGAGAGACUGCCAUACAUAAUAUAUGACUUCCUAGGGAUCUGAAAUUCAUAGGCUAAGAGAAAACUGUGUAUAGCUUGCCCAAACAGGAGUCCUUAUUGAUAUUUAUUGAACAGUCGAUCCCCCUCCUCCCUCCUCCCCCCGUUUAUGCUGCUUUAAACAUGGAAGUGGAAGAGAGAAGUUUGGAUUGCUGUCUACACUUAGGAGCCGAGCUGGGAGUGCACUAACCAUUCUUCAUGAGCAGACUCUGCUCUGCAGGGCAUUUCUCCAGGUGAAGACAGGCUUAAAAAAUAAAAAUGGUGCCCACGUGCAGAAAUCAGUCCCACCCCCCGCCAUGCUGCUGUGCUCGUCACAGAGGUCUUGAGGGUGGGUUGUGACAGAUUCCUCACUGCUUUGGAAAUGUCAUGUUGGGUAGAGGCCAUCCAGAGUGGAAAGAGCAGGGAGCCGCCUUACCCCCCCCCCCCCCCCCCCCCCCCCCCCCCGCCUGGGGACCAGAGGUUAGCCCAUCUGUGUACCUUCCCCUCUGAGUCCUGGAAUCCCUAUGGCUGAGGCUGCUGACUUCACGGCCUUGUGGUUCAGGCUGGCUUUUUUUUUUUAAGGAAGUGAGAGUCUCUUUUCCCUUUGGUUAGUCUGUGGACCAUGGCCAUCAGGACCUCGCCCUUGUCCACCCGACCGUGUGAGGACACGGGCACCUAGCAGCACCUCUCCUCUGUUACCUUCCCCUCGGCGCUCGGGUUUGUGUUCAGUUAACCUGCACGUCCUGUUCGCCGUCCUUACUGUACUAUAGGCCUGUGUAUAGUGUAGGGCAGAGUGUUAACCCACUGGCUAGUGUUUGACUUGGGAAUCGGUACAGUACCUGUACAGACACGGGGACCCACCCCGUGCACCGCCCUAUAUUCAGGGCUCAAGCUCUCCCUUGGUUUUUGAAAGGGGUUUAUGUAUAAAUAUAUUUUAUGCCUUUUUAUUACAAGUCUUGUUACUCAGUGACUUUUGUCAUGGCAUUUUGUUCUACUUAGACUGUAAAUUAUGCAUUAUAAAGAGUUCAUUUAAAGAAAAUUACUUGGUACAAUAAUUAUUGUAAUUAAGAGAUGUAGCCUAUAUUAAAAUUUUAUAUUUUUCAAAA